CUUCCGGGGUCGGGGCCCGAGUGCGCCUGCGCGGCGGAGGCAAGUGGCUUCGAGGAAGGGACGCGGCCGGCGCUGAGGGGCAGAGACCACCGCCAUCAUCAUCAUCAUGUCUCGGGGCUCGAUCGAGAUCCCCCUCCGGGACACGGACGAGGUCAUUGAACUUGACUUUGAUCAGUUGCCGGAGGGGGAUGAAGUUAUAAGUAUUCUUAAACAGGAACACACUCAACUGCACAUAUGGAUUGCUCUAGCGUUGGAAUAUUACAAGCAAGGCAAAACAGAAGACUUUGUGAAACUAUUGGAAGCUGCUCGAAUAGAUGGAAACCUCGAUUAUAGAGAUCAUGAAAAAGAUCAGAUGACUUGCUUAGACACUUUAGCAGCCUACUAUGUUCAGCAGGCUCGCAAAGAAAAGAAUAAAGACAACAAGAAAGAGCUUAUUACACAGGCCACACUGCUGUACACUAUGGCUGAUAAAAUCAUUAUGUAUGAUCAGAACCAUUUAUUGGGAAGAGCUUGUUUCUGCCUUUUGGAGGGUGAUAAAAUGGACCAAGCUGAUGCACAGUUUCAUUUUGUGCUUAACCAGUCUCCAAAUAAUAUUCCAGCUCUUCUUGGUAAGGCAUGCAUUUCAUUCAACAAAAAAGAUUACAGAGGUGCCCUUGCGUACUACAAAAAAGCACUGCGAACCAACCCAGGCUGCCCAGCUGAGGUUCGGUUGGGCAUGGGCCACUGCUUUGUAAAGCUGAGCAAGCUGGAAAAAGCUCGGCUGGCAUUCAGCAGGGCCCUGGAACUCAACUCCAAAUGUGUGGGAGCUUUAGUUGGACUGGCUGUUCUGGAACUAAAUAAUAAAGAGGCUGAUUCCAUCAAAAACGGUGUCCAGUUGCUCUCUAGGGCAUACACGAUUGAUCCUAGUAAUCCAAUGGUGCUAAACCAUUUGGCUAAUCACUUCUUUUUCAAAAAGGAUUAUGGUAAGGUCCAGCAUUUGGCUCUUCAUGCUUUCCAUAAUACCGAGGUUGAAGCAAUGCAGGCAGAGAGCUGCUACCAGUUAGCCAGGUCUUUUCAUGUUCAGGAAGAUUACGAUCAAGCUUUUCAGUACUAUUAUCAGGCUACACAGUUUGCUUCCUCUUCAUUUGUGUUACCAUUUUUUGGACUGGGUCAAAUGUACAUUUACCGAGGAGAUAAAGAGAAUGCAUCACAAUGUUUUGAAAAAGUUUUGAAAGCCUAUCCAAACAAUUAUGAGACCAUGAAAAUUCUUGGAUCCCUCUAUGCUGCUUCAGAAGAUCAAGAUAAAAGAGAUAUUGCAAAGGGUCAUUUGAAGAAGGUGACAGAACAAUACCCAGAUGAUGUCGAAGCCUGGAUUGAACUGGCACAAAUCUUAGAGCAGACAGAUAUACAGGGUGCACUUUCAGCUUAUGGUACAGCCACACGAAUCCUUCAGGAAAAAGUACAGGCUGAUGUCCCUCCAGAGAUUUUGAACAAUGUGGGUGCGCUUCACUUCAGGCUUGGGAACUUAGGAGAAGCAAAGAAAUACUUCUUGGCAUCUCUGGAUCGUGCUAAAGCAGAAGCAGAACAUGAUGAGCAUUACUAUAACGCCAUUUCAGUGACUACUUCCUACAACCUUGCAAGAUUGUAUGAAGCAAUGUGUGAAUUCCAUGAAGCGGAAAAAUUAUACAAAAACAUCCUGAGAGAACAUCCAAACUACGUAGACUGCUAUCUACGUUUAGGAGCUAUGGCUAGAGAUAAAGGGAACUUUUAUGAAGCUUCUGACUGGUUUAAAGAAGCACUUCAAAUCAAUCAGGACCACCCAGAUGCUUGGUCCUUAAUUGGAAAUCUUCAUCUGGCCAAACAAGAGUGGGGUCCAGGACAGAAGAAAUUUGAAAGAAUAUUAAAACAGCCCUCAACUCAGAAUGACACUUACUCAAUGUUGGCUCUGGGCAAUGUGUGGUUACAGACUCUACACCAGCCCACCAGGGACAGGGAGAAGGAAAAGCGUCAUCAAGAUCGUGCAUUGGCUAUCUACAAGCAAGUGCUCAGGAAUGACCCAAAGAAUUUGUAUGCUGCUAACGGCAUAGGAGCGGUGCUGGCACACAAAGGAUAUUUCCGUGAGGCUCGUGAUGUUUUUGCCCAAGUGAGAGAGGCAACCGCAGAUAUCAGUGAUGUGUGGCUUAAUCUGGCACACAUAUAUGUGGAACAGAAGCAGUACAUCAGUGCUGUGCAAAUGUAUGAAAACUGCCUCAGAAAAUUCUAUAAACACCAGAACACUGAAGUAUUGUUGUAUUUGGCCCGUGCUCUCUUCAAAUGUGGGAAGCUACAAGAAUGCAAGCAGACACUGCUGAAGGCUAGACAUGUGGCUCCCAGUGAUACAGUUCUUAUGUUCAAUGUUGCCCUGGUCCUGCAAAGGCUGGCCACCUCUGUCCUGAAAGAUGAAAAAAGUAACUUGAAAGAAGUACUAAAUGCUGUGAAAGAACUGGAGUUGGCUCAUAGAUACUUCAGUUACUUGAGUAAAGUAGGAGAUAAAAUGAGAUUUGAUUUGGCACUUGCUGCAACUGAAGCCAGGCAGUGUUCUGAUCUGCUGAGUCAAGCUCAGUAUCAUGUGGCUCGGGCCCGGAAGCAGGACGAAGAAGAACGAGAGCUACGAGCUAAACAAGAGCAAGAAAAAGAACUGCUGCGCCAGAAGUUGCUCAAAGAACAGGUACUGUAUUCCCUCUGGUACUGUAAGAGAACAAGGGUCACGUUGGCUGAUGCCUCAGGCUAUUCCUUAUUCCAUAUUCUUGCAGCCUCUGUUCCACUUGCAUUGUCCUUAGAACCCACUGUUGCUGUAGCUGGGAAUGUGGGCUGCCUGCAGUUCCUAGCCCAGUUAUUUGUGCCCAGAUACCUCCAAUAACCCUGGGGGUACGUAAGACAACUUUUGCACUUAAGCGCCCCCUCUUCCCCAACGCGG